UUUUCCAAUUUCACUUUCAUUUACGCCAUUCAUGUGAUGCUAUACUGUGAAUUCAGUCACAGAUAGAUGCACAGGACAUUGGCGACGAACGAUGAUAACGACAACUGACAACGCCAAAGAUAAUGACGAUCAUGGGAUGCUGUUACAUAGCCCGGCCUGGCUGCUACCGGCUUUCUCUCUAUUCUUCAUCUUCUGCAAAUACUUGUUCUCUUAUGCGUUACCAUGCUUGGAUGGUUGUUACAUGGUCAAGGGCAAUAAACGGCGUUUGAGAAGGGCUUCACCUGUUUGGGUUAUUGGGAUUAUUGAUUCUGGGCUGUACAUAGGACUAUACUCCUUUAUCGAAGAUGGGAGAUUGAAUCUCACUGUGGACGAUGUCGUGGAGGAUGAUACGUAGGUGUGGAUCAUCGUAUCAGGUAGAGACUGCCUCAGUAUAAGUACUAGGUA